AUGCAGCAAACAUGGUGGAGACACUUCCGUUUUCUACUUCUGUUAUUCAACUGCGGUGUUGUUAUUUCCAAUUUGAUACCACCAUGGCUGGAAAUAGUGAAAGAUCAAGAUUCUAUCAGAGAAAUUGCUUUUCAGAAAACUUCCGAGCUCGUGACAUUUGAUAAUCCUAAAUUAAUCUUUGCUACUCUCGAGAAUUUUUGGAUUUCAAUGAGAGGACUUGCUCUACUUCUAGUGUUUUUCUCACAAACAGUAACACUGGUUAUUUUAACUCACGUAUUCAUGAAAAAUGCUGUGAAAACUAGUUCUGCGGAAUUUCACAAAACACAGAAAACUCUGCUUCGAGCAAUAUAUCUUCAGAUAUCCAUAUCUUUCUGUCUUAUUUUUAUACCAGAAUUGGCUGCUAUUGUUGUUCGACUGUUUGCCAAUUCAAUUCAAGAAGCUGCUAACUUAACUAAUCUAUUUCUUUCGAUUCAUGGAGCUUCUGGAACCAUUGUGAUGCUUUAUCUUUAUAGACCCUAUCGAACAUUUUGUAGAAAAUUAUUGAAUUACGCGAUUUGUUGUAGGAAAAACAACAAACAAGAAUCUGGUCGGAUAUACAAAUCAAGGAAUAAGGAGCCGCAAAUUCAAUAUUUUUUGAUAAAUGAUGCAGAAACAAUCUACUUUCAAGCAGUUUUUCGAGCAUCAAGUGUUGGCUUGGCUCAGGCAAAUCGAUAUUAA